AUGGCUGCCGCUUCUUCUUCCUCGAGCGACAGCAGCUCGAGCAGAUCAACCUCACCCGAGCCCGAAAACACCCAGAAGAAGGCCGUAAAGGCGGCGACCAAGAAUAAGGACGAAGUUGAGAAUGAGUCGUCAGAGUCCUCGGAUUCUUCAGAUUCGUCCGAUUCGGACUCUAGCUCAGACUCUGGGUCAGAGUCUGAGAGCGAGUCUGGAAGCUCAAGUGAGAUGGACACCAGCGAGGACGCCGCAAAGGCGCCAGCGAAGAAGAUUCACAUUCCUGGUCCGAACCAGCCAUACAAGCCACCCUUCGGGUUCAAGUCCGCAAAGAAGCAAAAUCCCCCCUCCUCGAGCACCUCCUCCGUUCUUUCCAAUCUCCGCGGCAAGCAGGUUUUCCAUAUCACCGCCCCGUCGUUCCUCCCGUUGUCCAAGGUCAAGGAGAUUACCAUGUCCAAGGUUCUGAAGGGCGAGCCGAUCCUGGCAUACGACGGCAAAAACUACGGAAUCCCCGCCGAUUCCAUCAACGAUAACGACCCGGAGGGCAAGACUUUGCUUGUCUACGAUGAGAGCACUCAAACGUAUUGCAACAAGUCCGACCACAUUCAAAGCUUCCACGUGCAGGAGUUGAUCGGUCUACCGGAGAAGGCUGCCAAGUCCACUGCUGCAACAAUCGAGAAACUGCGGGAUUUCGUCAAGCCACCCCGCCCUCAACCAAAGGGUAUGAAGAUGCGCUUCCGCCCCGUCGGCAGCCUACCCAGCGAGCCAGAAACUCUUGGAGCAAGCUCGGAGUCCGAGUCUGAGGAGCCUCAAAUCAAGGCCCCCGCGGGUAGCAAGCGGAAGCACCAUCACACCGAAGGAGAUGCCUCUCAAGCGAGUGCUGAGCCUCGGAAGAAGUCCAAGAAGUACACACAAGAAACCGGGGAUGAUGAGGAGCGGAGUCAAAAGAAGUCAAAGAAGUCUCACAAGGACCGUGAAGAGAAGAAGCGGAAGAAGUCCGAAAAGGCAUAA